AGAGAGAGAGAGUGAGAAAGAAUGGAGGGUCAUCACGGGGCGUCGAAUUCCGGCGGGGGAAUCCCGGCGAGUCCGAGGUGGAACCCGACCAAGGAACAGAUAACCAUGCUCGAGAACUGGUACAAGCAAGGGAUAAGGACGCCUACCGCGGAGCAAAUACAGCAGAUCACUGCCAGGCUGCAGGCGUACGGGCACAUUGAAGGGAAGAACGUGUUUUACUGGUUUCAGAAUCACAAGGCGAGGCAGAGGCAGAAACAGAAGCAAGAGAGUUUGGCCUUCUUCAGUCGGUGUUUCCACAAGCCUGGUUCUCUGCAGCCUGUUUUCUCUCCUUCCCCCAACGGUUGGGUUGUCUGCAGCCCAUAUUACCCUGCAGAAAGCGAAUUAGGGUUCUAUUCCCAGUACCCAAAGAUGAUUCAACCAGGCCUCAUCAAGAAGAGACCAAAACCAGAUACGGUACUGGAGAAGAUACAAACUUCACAAGUACUGAUCAACGAUGAUGACAGCAACUGUUGUAAGCAAGAAACACUGUCUUUGUUUCCACUGGAGCCCACUGGCGUUUUACAAACGAGGAGCUUUUCUUCUUCUUCUUCUUCCUCUCUUGCUUCAACCUCUGCCGUGAUUUCCACUGCUGCUCCCUCGAGCUCCUCUGCCAUUAAUGGUGAUCAUCAACCGUACUUUGAUUUUUUCUCUGGGAGUGGGUGUUGUGAGAGUGAUUGAUUGAUUGAUUAAAUAUGGGUGAGCUGGUUUUUUGCAUUGACCGAUUAAUGCAUUUGUUGUGGUGCAAACUACGAAAUUUGGGGUGUCUUAUUGAUCAGGGUUGUUCUCGAUUUUUGGGUUAGGAGCUGAU